AGUGUUCACAGUGUUGUUGUUAUUGUUGUUGCUGCUGCUGCUGCUGCUGUUGUUGUUGUUGUUGCAAGCAGUGCGGUCAGGUGAUAGUUUCAGUGCCAGUGCCAAAGCCAGUUUUCCCACCCCCCUCCUCCCUCUACCAGCUGCCAGCUAGCUGCGAUUUAGUAAUAACUGCAAAAUAGAACAAUUUCUGAGCAGCCAAUUAGCGUUGAUUCAAUUUGCAAAAAUACUGCAACAAUUCUGUACAAUCGGGCGAAAGCAAAAGCAAAAGCAAAAGUCGAGCCCAUCUAAACUGACCAAUUUUCUAGUUGAUUGUUUAUGCUAGCUAGCCCCUGGCUGACUGAUCGUGGAAUGAGAUUAUUCAUUUAAUUACUUCAUGCUUGGACACUGAGGACACUUGCUCGUGAGGAUCUGCUCUACGUCCUAACUAAACAGCGCCAGAUGCUGUUCCCCACCGUCGGGCAGACGCCUGUCAAGGAACAGGUGAUGCGUCGUCAUUUCCUGUUGGCAUGUCGUUUAACCUUCUGGCCAGUGUCCGCUGGCUUCUCCACCAGCAGCCUAUACAAUCUGAAGCCACUGAUGGUAGUGCUGCUGCUCUACCUAAAUGGACGCACCGAUGAAAUCGUUUGGGGCAUGCCCUUCAAUAUGACCAUGCCCGAGUGGCUACUACAUGCACCGUUCUACCCGCUUACCUUCAUAUUCAUUGCCUAUACCGGCUACGUGACCAUCUUCAUGUUCGGAGGCUGUGACGCCUUCUAUUUCGAGUUCUGUGUUAACAUCGCCACGCUCUUCGACUUCCUCCAGGCGGAUAUUCACACGCUCUUUCAACCCUACAAAGAUCUGCCAGAGAUAAGCGGCGACAACGGCGCCGUCUUCGAGGCGAUUUUGGUAAAGCUGAUCAAGCGGCAGAAUGAGAUCUUUGAGCUGACGAAGUACUUCAGGCAGCGCUAUGCCACUAUCACCUUGACCUACUUCAUCUCGGCCAGCAUGGUAAUUGGCUUCAGCAUGUUCAAUCUGCUGACCAUCGGCGACAUCGGAAUGAACAUAUUUCUCUACGUGAGCUACACCGUGGCCGCACUCAGCCAGCUGCUCAUCUACUGCUACGGAGGCACUCUGGUCACCGAGAGUAGCACUAACCUAGCCAUUGUCAUGGGCAGUGCUCCAUGGCAUCAGUGCUUGCCAAAGCACCGUCUCUACGUUCAGCUUUUUAUAAUGCGCUCACAGCGUGGUAUCACAAUGGCAGUGCCGUUCUUCUCGCCCUCUCUGGCCGCCUAUACCACAGUGCGUACUUUAGUGCUCGUUAUAUGUGUAAUUACUACCAUAAGUCUUCGCUCUUUCAGAUAUUGCAGACAUCUGGUUCCAUUAUUGCCCUGGCCAAGUCCUUUCAGCCGCAGGCAUAAUAGAGUCCAUAUUCAAGUACGACCUGCGAAACCAAAGGAAAAACUGCGAUUAUUAUCGAAUCUGAGAAAGAAGAUCGAUAAGAUCAAUAAUUGACUCGUACUACGGUAUCGAGCGAUAUAUACGUAUAUAAUAUUUUGAGUCUAUAGCUUUUGUAGUUUACGAUAUCUGCACAUUCAUUCGAACAGACAGAGCGAUGG